AUGCUCAUGGCGUCGCGCAUGCCUCAGAUGGACUCGACACACGACUUGAACAGUCUACAACGUUCUGGACGACGAGGAGGAGCCGGUGGAGAGGACGAGGAGAUAAUGUUCAACCCGGCAGAGCACAAGGACCUUGCGCACUUCUUCUCACACGUCGACCAGGCAGAAACGUUUGCACUUACUGCAAACGAAUGGCUUGGAAUCAAGUCUGGCGGUGUCCAGUUUAAUCCAGUGGGCAGCGUCGGCCCCGCGCCAUCAAAGCCGAACACGGCGCUCAGAGACGCAACGAGAUCGCUCAUGGCGUUUAACACACCCGUAUCUCCCAGUCCUCCGCUCAAUCCUCUUUCCAACAGCGCCGCCAAUGGCUCCAUGGCCUCGACCACGACGAGUGGCAGCAGCGGCUCAUCUGUGCGCGCGUGGAGGCCACAUGAAGUACCAUUCGACCCGACGAUUCACAAGCAUAGCAGCGAACAUGAGCUCGCAAGGAGAAGGAGCACGACGUCGUCGUCGACGACGACGAAAAGCGCACGCGAGAGCUCGAUGGACGGUACAAAUGCCGCUGGACAGCGUAAACGACCAGCUGGAAUCCCACAUGCAGACUCGUUGCCGUCGAAACGCGCUCGCUCCAUCUCCCAGUCCACCCAGGAGUUGCCCGGACUGUCGUCGUCGCGUUCGGCACCUACAAUGCUCGCACCCGUCAAUGUCGUUGCGGGUCCCUCGUCUGCACCUCCAGUCGCAUCAUCUUCUGCAGGCGGUGGCUCAGCCAAGCCACCACUCUUGACUGCCCAGCAGAAAAAGGCCAAUCACAUCUUGUCCGAGCAGAAGCGACGUGCAAAGAUUCGCAGGGGAUACGAUGCACUUUGCGACGUCGUGCCGUCUCUGCGCUCUGCCGUUCAGGCCGAACAGGAGAACACUGCGGCGGAUGCAAAGAAGAAGCGGGGAAAGGGUGCAAAAGCAAACGUGGAUGUAGACGGGAGAUCGGGUCCGAAGAGCGAGAGCAUUGUGCUGAGCCAGACGAUUGAAUACAUGGAACACCUUGUUUCGAGAAAGGAAGAACUACUCAGUCGUCUACAAAACGCACAAAACGCAUUGCCCCCUGAUCAACGAAGAAGCGACGAAAACGAGAGGGCGAUUUGGGAAAAGGAGUGGGACGGUGGCACGGGUAUCGAAGACGGAGAGGAAGAUGAUGAAGAGUCAGAUGAUGAAGAUACGGCAUAA